AUGGUUAGAUAGCUAGGGGCUUUUGCAUACUAUAUAAUCUUGUUACAUUUUCCACUGAUGCUUGCCACCGAAAUGAAGCUCUUUAAGAUUGGGAUUCAAUUUUACUCUUUUUUUCCUCUUCUUCUUCCCAUUUUCUUCUCAAAACAAUGCCUUUCUUCUAAAUCUCUGCUGCCACACAAAUUAAUUCCCAGGCUCACCCCAUUCGACAAAAGCUCCAUACCAAACGCGGCACAGGAGACGCCUCGUCCUCCCCAUUUCAAGACCUUUUACUACAAGCAAACGUUGGAUCACUUCAAUUAUGCACCCCAGAGCUAUGACACCUUUGACCAGAGGUACAUUGUCAACUCCCAACACUGGGCUCCUGGUGGGUCCAUCUUGGCAUGGCUCGGCGCCGAAGCUCCGAUCGACGAUGAUCCCGCCUUUGCCGGGUUUCUCACCGAUAUUGCCCCUCGUUUCAAGGCCCUUGUCAUCUACAUAGAGCAUAGGUUUUAUGGGAAAUCAAUUCCAUUUGGAACAAUGGAUGAUGCUAUGAAGAAUGAGACCCUUCGUGGUUAUUUCAAUUCGGCUCAAGCUUUAGCAGACUAUGCACAAGUGUUGUUACACGUAAAAGACGAAUAUAAUACUCGAAAAUCUCCGGUCAUCGUUGUUGGAGGAUCCUAUGGGGGAAUGCUUGCGGCUUGGUUUCGAUUGAAGUAUCCUCAUAUUGCUCUCGGCGCCUUAGCAUCAUCAGCUCCUAUUCUCUACUUUGAUAAUAUCACCCCACAAGAUGCAUACUUUUCAACCGUCUCCAAAGAUUUCAGGGAAGUGAGUGAGAGCUGCUAUCAAACAAUACGGAAAUCAUGGUCAGCUAUUGACAAAUAUGCCUCCACUAAAAACGGUCUCAGGAUCCUAAGUCGCAAAUUCAAUCUUUGCAAAAAAUUAAAUUCGUCCGACGACGCGGAGGUUCUCAAGAAUCACUUGGGGGGUAUGUAUGCGUCAACCGCUCAAUAUAACGCGCCGCCGGGGUAUCCGGUGACGAAGGUGUGCGGUGGCAUAGAUGGGCAGCCCAAAGGGACUGAUAUUCUUGACCGGAUACAUGCCGGCGUCGUGGCCUUGAGAGGAAACCGGACUUGCUAUAAUAUUCACUCCAAUUAUUCCAGCGAAACAGACAUUGGAUGGGGUUGGCAAACUUGUAGUGAAAUGGUGAUACCAAUAGGGAUUGGAAAUGACACGAUGUUCGUUCCGUAUCAUUUCGACAUGGACCAACAAUCAAAGGCUUGCAAUGAUUACUACGGGGUUCCGCCUCGACCUCACUGGGUCACAACUUAUUACGGAGGACACGAUAUUAAGUCAGUUCUGCGGACGUUUGGUAGCAACAUAAUCUUCUCCAACGGUCUAAGAGAUCCAUACAGCACCGGAGGGGUUUUGCAGUCUAUUUCGGAUACUCUACCUACAAUCUAUACGCAUAAUGGAUCUCAUUGUUUGGAUUUGCAUGGGGCAAACACACCAUCAGAUCCCAUCUGGUUAACUCAGCAACGGGAGAGGGAAGUCAAUAUCAUACAAAGUUGGAUAAGAACUUAAAUCUCAGCCUUCGAGAAUUCGGGAGAUUAACUUGGAACUUAUAAUUAAGGAAAUGAUAGCUUUAUAGAAAUAAUUACUCGGAUUGGGAAUAUACACUAUCUUUAUAAAUGACUAGUAUAGUAUCCGUGCAUACGCACGGGAAAGAGCAAUUGGUGCAUAUAUUUUUAUUCAUGUUCUAAUUAAAUAUUAAAAUAACAAUAACUUUUUA